AUGGAUAAUCCAUUAGGCAACAGAAACUUAUCAAAUACUUACUUAUAACAAUAAAAUUACAAACUCAUUUAACGUUUAGGAAUGGGUGCUUUUGGAGAGAUUUAUUUGGCAUAAAAUAAACAGAAAGAGGAAUAUGCUAUCAAAUUAGAAAGAACUAAUUGUCAAUAUCCACAAAUUCUAUAUGAAGCUAAAGUUUAUGCUUUCCUUCAUUAAGAUUCUUAAUAAUUAGACAAAGGUAUCUACUAAAUUCGAUUUCUCAGGAAUCCCAAAGGUAUUUGGAGCAGCAACCGAAGGAGAUUAUAAUUACUUGGUAAUGGAGCUAUUGGGAAAAUCAAUUGAAGAUUUAUUUGCUUAAUGCCAUCGUAAAUUAUCCAUUAAAACAGUAAUAUCAAUAUAAAUUCAGGUGUGUAUGCUUGCAGAAUAAAUGGUUUCAAGACUUGAAUUUAUGCAUUCAAGAUCCUUCAUACAUCGUGAUGUCAAACCUGAUAACUUCCUUAUGGGAAUUGGCAAAAAAUAGUCUAAAUUAUAUGUUGUAGAUAUGGGUUUAGCUAAAAGAUAUUUAACAAAGGAUGGACAUAUUCCAUUUAAAGAAAAUAAACCACUUACAGGUACUGCUCGUUAUGCAAGUAUUAAUACUCAUUUGGGAUAUGAACAAAGUCGAAGAGAUGAUCUUGAAGGCUUGGCUUAUGUUCUUGUAUAUUUAGCUAAAGGUACUUUACCAUGGAUGAAUCUUGUAUGUAACAAUAAAAACGACAAAUAUGUACUAAUAAAAGAAAAGAAAAUAAAAACAACAACUGAAUAACUUUGUUCAGGAUUACCUGAGGAAAUGAAUUUGUACUUAAAUUAUGUUAAGAAAUUAAAGUUUGAAGAAAAACCAGAUUAUAAUUAUUUGAGGAAUCUCUUUAAAUAGACGUUACAAAAAUAAAAUCUUUAAUUAGAUUAUAUAUAUGAUUGGACCAAACCAGAAAAAAAAAGAUAAGAAAAUGAUUAAGUUGAUGCUAUAAGAAAAGUAAAAGAAGAAAUUGCCAUUAAAGAAAUAGAUCAAAAAAUUAAAUAAAUUCCUCUUUAAUAACCUGCUAAAGCUUAAUCUAUUAUUGCACCAAAAUAUUAACCAAUUAAUUCUCCAAAAGACAAUAAAAAAGUAUAAUAAUAAUAAAUUCGACCCCAAUCAGCUCAAAAACCAAUGAUUCCUAAAAGACCUCAAUUAUAAACUUAAUAAGGUAAAAAAGGACUUGUAGAACCAAGAGUAGCUGCACCAAGAAUAGUAAUUAAUAAAGAACCUUACACUAAAUAUUGA